CUUACAACUGGCAACGACACCUUGCUUUGCUUAUUUUAGUCUAUGUACGCCAGUCAGUCAAGGGCGGAACGUCAAAGUUGUGUAGGUACCUAUCGAUUGUGCAAUAAAUUCGUAUUUUAACAUGAUAUUGUAUAAAUUGCGUACUUACGUCUAUUAUUGGUCGUAAUGAAAUCAUAAAUUAUUUAAAAUCAAAAUGAAUUGAGAGGUAUCUUCAAUAACGAACAUUGUGAAUGUCUUAAUAAAUUUCGAAGAGAGAACAUUUUUUUCUUGUUGUUUGUUGUGAAAACAAGAGAAAUUAUGGUGGAAAACGGUGCCUCUAGUGGGGGUAGCGAUAGCCCUAGUGCAACCUGCACAAGAUCUGGUUUACUAGAGACACUGGUGCGAGGUGUGUGGUAUCGUGUCCAUUGUACGCUCGAAGAGGAUUAUCUUAGUGUGUGUCUGGAUGAUGGGUACGAUGCUACUACCACACUGAACGGCACUCUCAACAACAACAAUGUCGAGACUCCGAAUAGUGACUUUACCGAAGUCCCCGAAGCAAUUGCGAAUCAAAAGCGCCUCGUGCAGGUGGUCAAGUCAGACAAUAAUGGCUUGGGUAUAUCAAUUAAAGGAGGCAUUGAAAACAAUAUGCCUAUAUUAAUAUCGAAAAUAUUUAAAGGCAUGGCAGCAGAUCUUACAGAACAGUUAUAUGUUGGUGAUGCCAUACUCUCUGUGAAUGGGGAAGACUUGAAGGAUGCUACUCAUGAGGAAGCAGUCAAGGCUUUGAAAAGAGCUGGAAAAAUGGUUCAGUUAGAAGUGAAAUAUCUACGAGAAGUGACUCCAUAUUUUCGUAAGGCCUCUAUCAUCAGUGAGGUUGGUUGGGAGUUGCAGCGAGGGUUUAUGGCAGAUGUGCCGCCUUCACCCCCUUCCCCUCGACGGCGUAGAGCUGACACAAGAUACGUGCCAUUGCUGAUGGCUUGUAUCGCCAAAAAUUUACGACAUCGUGAUCCAGAGGAUCGUACUAUCGAGAUCUACUCUCCGGACGGCGUGCACGCGCUAGCUCUGCGCGCCAGCAGUGCGCAGGGCGCGGCGGGCUGGCACCGCGCACUGCACGCGGCCGUCAGGCGCGCUGCCCGGGCCGCACUCGCCCGCGCGAGGCCGCGUCUGCGCCCGCUGCUGGGGGAUGUGCGCUAUGCCGGCUGGUUGGCGCGACGCCCACCUCAAGAUCAUAUGAGUGCCUCUGGCGGAUCCGACAGUUCUGAUGAAGCUGAAGGUUGGCAGCCAACAUUUGUUGCAAUAACGGAUCGAGAAAUAAGGCUGUACGAGGCGGCGCCGUGGUCGGGGUCGGCGUGGUGCGCGCCGGCGGAGUGCGUGGGGCUGGCGGCCACGCGCCUGGCGUGGUGGCGGCGCGCGGGCGGCGGCGCGGCGGCGCUGGGGCUGCGCGCGGGCACGCCGGCGGGGCUGGCCGUGCGCGCGCUGCGCGUGGACACGCCGCACGACCUGGCCGCGGUGGCCGGCGCGCUCGUCGACGGCGCGCACCACGCCGUGCGGGACCAGACCGACUUCACCUUCCGCUGUCGGUUCCGCGGCGCGUGCGCGCGGCUGUCGCUGGGCGCGGGCGGCGUGUGCGUGUGGGAGGCGGCGGGCUCGCUGGGCCGCGGCGGCGCCCGCGCGCUGUACCGCCGCCCGCUACACGCGCUCAGGGCCUCCGCCGACGACGACCGCUCCGCACUCUGGCUGCACUUCGCCGACGAUGACACCGUGGAGCUGGACAUGGAGGGCAGCCCGAAGCCGGCGGUGUUCAUCCUGCACAACCUGCUGUCGGCGCGCGUGCACUCGCUCCCGGAGAGCGCGCCCGAGGCCGCGGCGCCGCCCGAGCCGCCGCUCUAGCCCGACACUACGACGGGGGCCGACACACGCUAAUCAUUACUGAUUUACCUUUAGGUAAUAUGGCAGCGUCGUUUGCUUUGUAGAUUUUGUGUGCAUUCUCGCACAGUCGAAGUAUUCAGUGUGACAAUGCACAUAAAUCUCUAUUUGUAAUGUGAGUCAACGGUAGGAUUUUUGGAAUAUCUAUUGUACUGUAACUAUUACUUCCUACUAGACAAAUAUUCUGUUUACACGAAUUAACUAGAACCAUUAUUUAAUUUGUACCAGUGUACUCAUCGAAUCUCUUGUAACUGAUGUAUCUGUGAUGUUAAACAUUUUAUCAUAAAGUCCCUUCAUAUCUGACCUGUAUCAAUAGCGAUAUUUUGUACACUUAUUUAGUGAAUGAUGUAGUUCAUAGAACUAAUUUACAAUAUGCGGAAGUCAGUGAUGAUUACAUAUUUAAAAGCACUUUUUAUCGAAUAAUCAUAUUCUGUGAAAUAUCAGCACUCAAACAGCUAGAAACUAAAGAAUCCAUUAAAAGAUACAAUAAUCAAGACGUGAACUUAAACUAAUUUGUUUUACAUUCAACUGACAUGUAAUAGAAAUAUUGCCAAAGAGUUAAAAACAAAAAGGACAAUACAUUUCUGAAAUAGUUGGCAUAGAGUUGUCGUCGUUGUUCACGUGUACCCGAGCCGCGAGCGACGGCCGCGCCGCUAGUGUCGGCAGGACAACCUGCUUUGCUUGUAUGUGGCUGUCAUUGUUCUUCCAAAGAUUUCAGUUCAUUAUUGUUUUGUUUGAAAUUGUAGCUUAAUGUAGUGUAGAUAAGUUAUAGUUUGAAUUAACCAUAACGUAUUUUUAUAAUUUCGUUUGUAAAUAUAUAGGUAUACUGUUUUGUAAAUGGUACAUUCCCAGAAUGUAGAUUACAUUUGUUGCUUUAAUAUUUGUAGCGUUUAUCUCAAGUAAGGUAAGGUAAGGUUUCAAUAAUAAUGUAUAUUGUGUAGUCACAUGUAACUUGUAAGGAUGGCAAUAUGCGAGGUGAUAUCUAACAUAUUAGUAUUAUUUAUUUUGAAAUCAAAUCGGAUCAGACGCUGUCGUUAGCAUCCAUGAUUUAUUGAAGUACACGGAAAUGUUCAAUUCGAUCUGAGGAAAGGUUUACCAUCACCUGCUAAUCAUUUACUAUAAGAUUGUUUACUUUUUUAUAAUCGUGAUUACUUUAACUAUCUAAAAUACAUUCCUAUAAAUAAGAAUCUACACUAAUUUGUAUUAUACUGAUCUACUAAAACGAAAAUUUAACUUAUGCUAACUAAAAAGACAUCUUACUAAAUUUUAUUGCAUUUGUUGACUCUAUAUCGAAUGUUAGUUUCUAAGACAGUACUCAGUAUCAACUUUACAGAUAACGUACAUUAUUUCUGUGACAGAUAAUAAAAUUAACGAGUGCAAUAAUAAAUAUAAAUAAUAAUAUUUUCACACUUGCAAACAUUAUAGUUUUUCAAAUGCUUCUAGGUAAUCAAUAAGUAGACGGACAUUUUUAUAUUGAGCUUAAGGGCAUAAACUGCGUUACGCGUGUGUACGCACGUGAGCACGUCGCGGGCCACGCUUCUGGUGCACGCACGUGAGCACGUUCGCGUGCUUAUGCGCGGGCAUCGGCGCGUGCAUCCGCGUAACGCAGUUUUCUCAGUACAAUUUUGACGUUGGAGGUGUACAGUCGAGUAAUUAUGGAUAAAUUAAUGUUGUAUUAUUUAUCAAGACGACGGCGACGACGAUUAUUUCGCUUGAUUGGUCCCAUAUGGCAGGACGACACUGAACUUCAACAAUUACCCUUUCUGUAUCAAAAUUUGUAAUUUUUUGUUAUGGGCCGGGCACGCGCGUGCGGUCGGUUCGAGAUAGCGCUGUCAACUGAACAAGCACGCGCGUGCACCCGCUAGCGGGCUUCGCGCGUGGACCCGUCCAACGUGAUGCGUGAUCACGUCGCGUGCAUGCGUGCCCCAUUGCACGGAAGUAUCACGCGACGGGCUCACGAGCGUGUGCACGCGCAUGGGCACGCGCGGGUCGUUUUUGUAUGGACACGCGAGAGGCACGCUUAACGCAGUUUAUGCCCUAAAUGUAUUAUGAUAUUAUGUAACUGUGAAAAUAAACUUGAAGAAUUGGUUAAUAAUAUAAAAUAACCUAAACCAAUUCGUAUAAUUAAACUAUGAAUUAACAUUUAUCUAUAAAGUUGAUUACCACUUCAGUGUUUGGUUGUCUAUGACGUAACUCAUAAAUAGUUACCAUAUUUUUAAACUUAUUUAGGUACUUACUGGUUUUGGAAUCUCUGUUUUUAAGGUUUCUAUAUCCGUAUGAUAAAUUAUAAAUUAACGCUAAGAUACUAAACUUGUAAUCUCUUAGAAUUUCUACUGGUGACAUUCCUUCAUACUAUAUUAUUACUUCCAUUGCGCGGGCGCAUAAAGCCAACGCAUGGGAUAGACUGUAUAGAAGUAACAUUGUCUACUGUUAGCCUGUUAUAUUUAUGUUAGCCGGGUAGAACAUUUAGGCUGCCAUACAAUUGAUGCGGGGCGUAGUUAGAGUGGAGAAAAAGGAAGGUAUUUAUAAUUACGAUUGUAAACUCUUCUUACACCAAGAUUUUAUGCAAAAAUUAUACUGCUGAUAUAGGCCCCCAAGUUUCGCCACAACAACGACAAUUGUGCUUAAUAAUUCUCAAAUAUUUCGUUCCUCGGCUGCGCUCGUAUUCAAUGUAAAGGCAAUCUUACCCUAGUUUCAGAAAGGCUGGUCUAGAUAUAAAUAGAUGACUUGUCUUAUUCCAGACACACUGAUUAAAUUAUUCAGCCUUUCUUAAUAUUCAGCCUAACAAAUGCAAACAUAUGAAAGUGUAUUAAAACAUUUACUUUACAUUUGUUUUUAUUUUUAUGAAAAUAUUCUCUUUUUCCAUUUCUUAUGAGGUUUAAGAUCUGAAGAUAAAUGUAUCAUAAAUUGGUCUAAAAAAUAACUUCAUUUGAUAUGACGAUUAUUUUAAAUCUAAACAUUCCUCAUUGUACAAGAUUGUAAUUCCAUUUGAUUAAGUUUUAUUCUUACGUAAUUAAUUUUCAUUAAAUUUCAUUUAAGCGUUAAUUACAUUAUUGUGUAAUUUGUUAUUUAUUGAAUAUUAUUAUUACCUAUAUUUAUACAAAUUCCUGUUUAUCAAACAUUGUUUAGGUGAAUACGUAGUGAAUCCUAGUCUUGCAAUUUAAGACUGAACUUUGUUUUCACAUUUUAUUUGUUGUAGUAACAGUGACAUAGUAUUUCUACACCGUCUACGCUAUACGCUAGAUUACUCAUAUACAUUCAUGAAUAAUUAGGUAUCUAUAUUCCGUUAUAUUUAGGACAAUUGUUACAUACAUUUAUGUGAGAUACAUAUACGAACCGCCGUUGUAAAGGUCUGUUCAUUUUAAUUAGAAAUUUUAAUCAAAUGCUUUUGAAAGAUCAUCACAACGAAGAUACCAAUGAUAUUUUUGUUUCAUUACAAUAGUUUUAAUAAUGAUGUAUUAUGAUUUUAAUAUACAAAGAUGAUAUAUUUUAACGUAAAAUGCAACUCUAUUGCUGAAUAUAUUGUGAGCGCUAUUUUUUUAAUGAUCGAUAUCAAUGAACAGACUAUUUUGAACGAAAUAAAUUUGGAAGUGGAAUAAUUAUGAAGCAGCAGAGAUAUAUCAACAGCUAUUCGUAAAUGUAUCGCCAGUCGCGCCACGCUGUAGUCGACUCGUAUGAUUUAAACUACUGUAAGGUUUUGAAAAAUGUGUUUACAAUGCUAGUUGACUUGUUUCGUAAUACGGCCCAUCUGUAGCUGUCAUAACAUUGUUCAUUAUCAUCUGUAGUUAGAGAUCUGUCAUUCUGUCAUGCAUUAAAAACAACGAAGAAAAUAUA